AUGGUGCUGUCUCUGAUGGCAUGGAAUGUAAUAGGGUUAUUUUCGUCGUCCCGAAUACUGGGGAAUCUGUUGAAUCAGACGAACUGUGAUGUAUGUGUCGUGACAGAACAUAAACUUGCUAAUGAUGCUUUAGAUGUAUUUAAAUCGGUAAAUAGUGAAUAUUUUCCGAUUUUCAACUUGCGCGAAUUCAUAGAAUUUCCGCGAACUGGAAAGGAAGGUGGUGUGGGAAUUCUGGUGAAGAAAACCCUUCGAUACAAUGUGGGACAAGUAAGCGGGGUCCGAGACGAACGGAUUGUUGGCCUGAAAGUAAUUACACAGACUGACACACUGUAUAUAUUUGGAGUAUAUAUGCAAAGCGACGGAGAUGUCGCAGCUUACAGAGACACGCUACAAAGACUAGAAGAUUUAUGUACAUAUUACAGCGAGUACGGUAAAAUUAUAAUAGCCGGUGACUUUAAUGCACGAAUUUACGAAAAUCAUACGUAUCAUGCUGCGAAACAAAAGGCGGACCUGAUGAGAAAUUUGAUUGGGAAUAUAAACUUGCACGUAUGCAACCACAGGCGUGAAGGUGACGUAUCGUACACAUUUCGUCCUUUCGAAACAGUAUUAGACUACGUUUUGAUUGAAAGAUCAUCUUCUGAAAAGAUCGUGAGCUGUGUCGUGCUCGAAAAUAACGAAACAGAAAUCGCCUCCGAUCACCUUCCCGUAAUCUGUCACAUGGAUUACCAGAUAGAUGUUGCAAUCAUUGAUCAGGCCAAACCUAGAUCGAACGUCAAAUAUACAGCAUGGGAUAAAACUACAAUUGAAGAUCUUGUACAAUAUCAGCUUCAGUUAAGUGACAGAUUGUGUAAAAUCAUUACGCCAGACACCGGGGCACAGUUGGAAACUGACUCGUUAUAUGAACAGAUUGCAUUGUGUAUGACGUUAGCAGCAGAGGAAACCGUACCUAAACGUCGCUUCAAGCAUUAUUUAAAACCGUUUUGGAGUAAAGACUUGUCAAAACUACACAAAAUCGCAAUGAUCAAGCGAAUGGAAUGGAUGAAUAAAGGCCGGCCGUGCGGAAUGGAACACGAUUCCUAUAAAGAAUAUAAAGCCGCGAAGAGGGCAUUCAGAAAUUUUCAUGAUACAGCACAAAACGAAUACUUGGACGUGAUCCAUAGGGAGCUAGACGAAGCAGCCGAAAUCGACCAAAAGUUGUUUUGGCGGAUAGUUAGGAAAAGGACUAAUAAACCAGCAACAGCAUGCAAUGAAUUAGCAUUCCGAGGUACUACGAAACGCGACCCGAAAGGAAUUGCUGACCUUUUCGCCGAGUUCUACGCCGAAUUAUACUCGGACACGUCAUCUACGGCAGAAAAUAAUGACACAGAUUUUCCUCCCAUCACUGUGGAUGAACUAGAUAACCCAUUCACAUUUGAGGAAGUUAACCGAGCAAUUCGCUCCCUCAGCCUUAAUAAGGCAGCGGGUGUGGAUGGCAUACGGAAUGAACACAUUCGAUAUGGCGGAAAGCAACUGAUAGACUCCCUGGUGUAUCUGUUUAAUCGUAUCAGAAUUACGAGUGUUAUUCCAAAGACAUGGAAAAAGGGUCUAAUAAUACCGAUUCAUAAAGGAAGUCGCAAAUCCAAAAAAAGACCCUAA